AUGGACACUGCCCAGGAGGGUAUGCAGGGCGACAAGGGGGGAAUCCCCCCAAGGGGUGACGUGGACGAAGCGGUCAAAGCGGUCGAAGCGGUAGAAGCAACCGAAACCGCCGAAGCAACCGAAGCGGCGAAGGAAGAAGGCACGGCGGACGACUGCCCCUGCGUGACGCACCCCCUUGGUGACGACACAGUCCUGCUGAGCUCAUUCCUUUACGAUUAUUUGAUGAACAAUUUUGAGCGCAUCCACCUGAUUCUUAACUCUCGCAAAGUGAAAGAUUCCCUUGUGGGUCAUGUUAAGGAGAAGGCACAAAAAUUGAAGAUGCGGCUGGAGGACUGCGAGCAUGGAAGAAGGGUACUCGGGCGUGAUGAAACCCUCCAAAUGGUCCGUGAGAUUCACCUGGACGGGCUUCUUUUGCUGAGCACUGAUGAAGCAGACGUGGAGUUUAGCCACAACUUGGUUAAGGUGGCAGUUGAUCUGCACCCGGACAGAGGCGUCGCGACGGUCACUUCGAACGAAUGCACCCUCAUCAGUAGGAAGUGGGACUACAACCUCGGCGGGGUUGUCGCGGGGGGGGGCCAGCCAAACGGGGUAGCCACGUCGAAAGAGGAAGCCCCAUCGAAAGAGGCAGCCACGCGAACCCCCCCUGCGGCAAGGCAAAACCAACUCAAAGUGGUGCUCAGGGGAAACGAAGCCAACGAAGCCAACGCCGCCAACGCCGCCAACGCCGCCAACGCCGCCAACGAAGCCAACGCCGCCACCCUCGCCAACGGGGUGCUUCGCUCCAUCAAGUUGCACUCGAUAAGUGGGGAGACCACAUUGGAGGAAAAAAAAAAAAAAAGUUUUUCCCCCAAUUUCCGCGAAUGCUGCUGUGCACCUUCGGCAAAUGACGUAGAAAGAGGAAUCCGCCAGAUGAAUGCCUUCUUGUUCUCCCUGUUCGAACCCCACUUUUACAAUUCCUCUUUGAAAAAGAGCAAUGCCAUAAGGUACAAAGAACUGUAUGAAAUGUAUCACAGCGUAAUGAUAAAGUCGCGUAGCAUAAAGUUGAAUGAUGAGGUCGUCCGGUACCUCCUGCUGGAUUCUGUUUUCCUCCCAAGUUACGUCAAGAGGAACAGGCUGCGGGCUGUGCAGGAGGAGGACAAUGAGUACUCGUCCUUCGAUUCUUACUCGGACGCAUCCUCGGGGGGGGAGGCGGUGGAAGCGGCGGCGACGGCGGAUGAGGCCACCCACUCAGAAGUGAAAAGCGCACACGUAAGUACCAACAACGGAAUUGAAGAAGCGACUCAAUUGAGGUGCCCCCAAGACGACCCCACUAGCCACCCCACUCACAACCGCUUCCACGAUGAAACGUCUGAAAAACGCCAACGGAAGAGCCUCUUCCAAAGCGAGCAGUUCCGCAGCCAGCUGGAGGAAAUCCAACAAGCCAUCGAGGAACUCAACGGAAGUGUCUUCCUGCGAGUGAAUUACAAAAAUUUGAAAAAGGGGUCCUUCGUGAACAGCUUCAGCCUGGAAGUUAACACUCUCUAUGACGCCCUCCUCAUGCUAAAAAGCAGCACGGACGUUUACAAGACGUUGAAAGAAAACCAAACGAGCAGCGAAAACAACCACCUCAUUCUCUCCAAAUACGUGCAUCUCAACCUCUGCUUCCUCUUCGAUGUGUACGUCUAUCGCAACAGCGUCGUGGCGGUGUCUCAAAAAUGCCUCAACUAUUUCUUCCCUUUUUUGUCUAAGCCAGACGUUAUUGAAGAUGUCAUACGCACCAUAAGCACCUUCUUCAAGAAGCACAUUCGAGACACCUUCCCUCAGGACCACUACAUUUUGCAGCUGUACAUUCACACCUUUAGAAAAACCAACAAGAAAAAAGUGCUCCUCAUAAAUGCCAAAAGCUGGCUCUUCAAAAAUAAGCACCCCGUUUUUACGAACAAAUUUUUGACCAAUUAUUUGUUCACCGAGGGGGGGGAGGCCCCUGGAGAGGAGGAUACACAUCGGGGGGGCCUAACUGAUUGGGGCCGCUUAACCGAUGUGCACAUGACCACCACCACGAAGGAAGAGGAGAAGGGCAACCAAGCGGGUGCUGCCAAAGAGGAAGCCCAGUCUGAUUUGUACGUCUGUGAUGGCGUCCUCUACUACUGCAUCACGAAGGAUGAGGCGAUUUACAAGAAGAACGCCAAUUUGUACCCGAAGGACCUGAGCUACGUCAAGGAGGGCGAAAUCGACAUGGACAGUCUGCUGCAGACCAUCAAAAUGCAAAACGAGGGCGCCCCGCCAGAAGGCAGUGCUGCUGGCUGA